ACGCCGCUGCCGGGGCGUGGUGGGGGCAUCAUACACACACCCACGCCCACACCGCCCACCCGCACCUGCAGCCGCAUCCGCAUCCCGCCAUGCAGCAGCAUCACCUCCAACAGCAGCAGCAGGAGCAGCAGCAGCAGCAACAGCAACAGCAGCAGCAGCAGCAGCAUCUUCAGCAGGAGCAGCAACAACAUCUGCAGCAGCUGCAUCACCACGCGCACCACCACCUGCCUCAGCCAUUGCAUACCACCAGCCAUCACCACAGCGCGCAUCCCCACCUACAGCAGCAGCAGCAGCAGCAGCAACAGCAGCAACAGCAGCAACUUGCAACAUCGCCCUCAGCGGUGCUGCAACAACAGCAACAGCAGCAGCAACAACAGCAGACAACGCCCACCACACAUUCCACGCCCACCCAUGCGGUCAUGUACGAGGAUCCACAUCCACCUGUGCCCGUGCCCAUUGUCGCCGUGCAGCAGCAACACCUCCCCGCUCCCCAGCAACAGCAGCAGCAACACCAACAGCAGCAGCAGCAGCAACAGCUGGCAACAACACCAACGGUGGCCGGCGCCCUCAGUCCCGCCCAAACACCCACUGGUCCCUCCGCCCAACAACAACAACAGCAGCAGCAGCAGACGCAGCAGCAACAUCUCACAUCACCGCACCACCAGCAACUGCCACAGCAGCAACAAACUCCGAACAGUGUCGCUAGUGGCGCCUCCUCGAAUCUCCAGCAGCAGCAGCAGCAGAACUCAGCGGUCGCUUCUGGCCAGGCGCAGAUCGUGGCGCCGACCACGGCCAGUGUUUCUCCCUCCAGUGUUAGUUCCCAGAAGGAAGACAUCAAUAUGUCCAUCCAAUUAGCACCACUGCACAUACCCGCCAUCCGGCCCGGUCCGGGCUUCGAGACGGACGCCUCGGCGGCGGUCAAACGGCACACGGCCCCCUGGCCUUACAAUGACGAUGGCUUCAACCAGUACCACGCCUCCGCAUCGCAGUACUACAUGGAGCAGCGGGACCGCAAGUACAUGUUCCCCCACUACCCAGAAACCCAGUUUCAGCAGUACUGGCCCAACUACCGCCCCGACCAGCCGGCAACCGCGGCGGCGGCGGCCUACAUGAGCGCCACCGAGGACCGCCACGUGAGCGCGGCAGCGGCCGCCCGACAGUCCGUCGAGGGCACCUCGCAGUCCAGUUAUGAGCCGCCCACUUACUCCUCGCCCGGCGGGCUGCGCGGCUAUCCCAGCGAGGCCUACUCCAGCUCAGGAGCCUCUGGUGGAUUGUCCGUGGGCGCCGUGGGUCCUUGCACGCCCAACACGGCCCUGCACGAGUGGACCGGCCAGGUGUCCGUCCGGAAAAAGCGGAAGCCCUACUCCAAGUUCCAGACCCUGGAGCUGGAGAAGGAGUUCCUUUUCAAUGCCUAUGUGUCCAAGCAGAAGCGCUGGGAGCUGGCCAGGAAUCUGCAGCUGACCGAGCGGCAGGUUAAGAUAUGGUUCCAGAACCGGCGCAUGAAGAACAAGAAGAACUCACAGCGCCAGGCCAAUCAGCAGAAUAAUAACAACAACUCGAGCAGCAACCACAACCACGCGCAGCCGACCCAGCAGCAUCAUAGCAACCAUCACCUGAACCUCGGCUUGAGCAUGGGUCACCACUCCACGAAGAUGCACCAGUGACCCUUGGACAACGGCAGCGCGGGCGCAAUGGGCUUUGCCACCUACUAGCAGUUAGCCAAUCCGAGUUCGGUGAAUCCCCAGCCGCAGCCGAACUCGCAGGGGGAUCCGCAUUCGCAUGCGCAUCCGAAUCCGAACCCCCACUCCCUGACCGAUCCGAACCACCAUAUGAUCAAGAACGAGCUGGCACUGGACUUCCCCUGUUAGCCAGUGGAUGCAAAUAUUUGUAGAGAAAGAGAGGAAGAGUAAAAUGUACAAAACACAGAGAGAUCUCUAGGAUGGAGUGUGGAGGAUCACGAUCUGUGGCAGCCCAGGAGAGCAGAGCGCAGGCGUCGCGCUGACGAAUGAUUGGAAUGCAGUUAAUUAUUAAGUCAGUUCUAGAGAUCCCCGAGAUCCCAAAACCCAGCAGCAUAGUUCGGUAGUUGAAUAUAGAUACGAGUAAGAUGGCAGCAGAAGCAGCAAAUAUGGAAUAUGAAAAUAUAUAUAUGUACUAUAUGUACUUCUCUUGACGCUCUCAUUAAACUUAGCGAGCACCAUGAAUUUUCUGAAUUAUAAAUUAUGAAUAUGAAUAUACUUAAACGUCAACGUGAAUAUAACCCCGCAUAAAUUA